GCUGCAGUGAGCUCCUCUGGACGCGGCCGCCGCCGGCCCCUGGCCAGCCGCCGCCCAGUGGGUUUGCAAGUUCGGUUGCCCGACGUGGAUGUGGGUUUGCUUUUUUAAUUUACAUUCUCUGUCUUCUUCCGUCUGUUUUUGGUUUUAUGUCUUAGAAAAAAGAACUUUCCAAAGCAGGCCGGGCACAGCUGAAGGCUGCUCUGCCCCCACGUGGACGCUCCCCAGGGGAAAAGAAGUCUGGAAGUAAACUUAGCACCGCUGGCCUGAAGGCCUCAACUUUGGUUGGACUGUAAGUUUUGGAGUCAUGACCUUCUUGCUGGGCAGGUGGGAGUCUUUAUCUUCCUUCGGCUGGACCUGAACCUCGGCCGGCACCCAGAUCACCCUACCCCAUUCACACCUUGUACCGGAGUUAGGACCCCGGACACUGAUCUGCAACAUGGAUAAAUAUGACGACCUGGGCCUGGAGGCCAGUAAGUUCAUCGAGGACCUGAACAUGUAUGAGGCCUCCAAGGAUGGACUCUUCCGUGUGGACAAAGGUGCCGGCAACAACCCUGAAUUUGAGGAAACUAGAAGGGUGUUCGCGACCAAGAUGGCCAAAAUCCACCUCCAGCAGCAGCAGCAGCAACAACAACAACAACAGCAGCUCUUACAGGAGGAGGCCCUGUCUAGGGCGGGCAGAAGCCCGGUCAACGGCGGGAGCCGUCAGGGUGUGAGCAGCAAGGUGGCUGCAGAUGGUGCCGCCAAGCCCCCUCUGGCUGCACCAACAGUGGUACCUGGAUUAGCUACCACCACUGUGGCUGUGCAGCCCUCAUACCCAUCUCAGGAGCAGAGGACCAGGCCAUCUGCCCAUGGUGCAAGGCCUGGCAGUCAGAACUGUGGUUCCAGGGAGGAGGCUGUGAGUUCCCAGAGGCCUGCUUUACACGGUCUGGUUCCCUGUGAAGACCCUUCCUGCCUCACUCAUGGAGACUAUUAUGACAAUUUCUCUUUGGCAAACUCACAGUGGGGUGAUAAAUCAGAAGUGUCCCCCAGCAUGAAUCUGAGUGUAAGGAGUGGGUGGCCUGGUUGCCCAGGGAAUGAUUCCCCAUUGCCCAGAUCCUGCGGGGACACUCACCCUUACCAGCCACAGCUCCCCAUGUGCUCUGGCAGGUCUUCUGAGAGUGGCAUCAGUGGCCAGGAUGGUGGCAUUAGUGGUCAUAGCAAUGUGAAGCCAAUGGGCCUUUGGUCUACUGCUUCCUCUCAGCGAGUUAAUCUCGGCUUUUCUUCUCCGGACUUGGAGAAUGGGGCCCCAGCUCAACCCAGGAGCACAACUGUUUCGGCACCUCUGGUCGCUACCAGCGCUAGCCAAGGAGCUUGUCUGAGAAGAGAUUCAGGUCUGGGAUGUGAGGCUUCAGGCAGGGUCUUCAAACCUACUGUGGACGCUCAGCCUUGGCUCCAGGAUGGGCCCAAGUCUUACCUCUCUGUUUCUGCUCCAUUAUCCUCAACAACUGGCAAGGACAGUACUCAGCCAGGUAUGGCCCCUGGGCUGGGUCCUAAGCCUGGAUGCAUGGACUCUGGCACUGGCCCCCAGCCCAGCCCCACCAGCCUUGUCCAUCCGGUGAUGUCCACCUCAUCUGAGUUAUCUUGUAAAGCGGGUCCUCCCAGCUGGUCCACCGACAGUAGCCAGGGACCUGUGCGCUCAGAAAGCCCCACCCCCACCAAGGUGAGGUUGCCCUGCCAGACCCUCACACCAGGCCCUGAGCUUGGACCCUCCACUGCAGAACUGAAAUUAGAAGCCCUUACCCAGCGUCUGGAGCAAGAGAUGGACGCUCAUCCCAAAGCUGAUUACUUCGGAGCCUGUGUGAAAUGCAGCAAAGGGGUGUUUGGAGCCGGCCAGGCCUGUCAGGCCAUGGGUGACCUCUACCACGAUGCAUGCUUCACCUGUGCAGCCUGCAGCAGGAAGUUAAGAGGAAAAGCCUUCUAUUUUGUCAAUGGCAAAGUAUUCUGUGAGGAAGACUUUUUGUACUCUGGCUUUCAGCAGUCUGCCGACAGGUGUUUUCUUUGUGGACAUCUGAUCAUGGACAUGAUCCUACAGGCCCUGGGGAAGUCCUAUCACCCUGGCUGUUUCCGCUGUGUCAUCUGUAAUGAAUGUCUGGAUGGAGUGCCUUUCACCGUGGACUCAGAGAACAAGAUUUACUGUGUCCGAGAUUACCACAAGGUGCUGGCCCCAAAGUGUGCAGCCUGUGGGCUUCCCAUCCUUCCACCAGAGGGCUCAGAUGAGACCAUCCGUGUUGUGUCCAUGGACAGAGACUACCAUGUGGAAUGCUACCACUGUGAGGACUGUGGCCUAGAGCUCAAUGAUGAGGAUGGUCACCGCUGCUACCCACUGGAAGACCACCUGUUCUGUCACUCCUGCCAUGUCAAGAGGCUGGAGAAAGGACCCUCACUUGCAGCCCUCCACCAGCACCACUUCUAGCCAGAGACACAGUGGGGAGGCAGGGCCAGGGCUGCCCAGGGAGGUGUCUGUGGGGUACUUUUGGGGGCCCCCAGAAGAGGAGGGGCAGGAGGUCAAGUUCCUGCUUGUGUGUGAAGGGUACCUUUCUUUUAACCAUAGCAGUGUGCACUCCCCAUCAAGUACAUGUAUUUUCCAAGUGCUUUUCCCCAUUGCCAUACCCUCACCAAAUCACUCAGGAAGAUGCUCUAACUUGCACAUGGCACCUGACACAAGGUUGGGCCUGUGUAACUGGACACAUCCUAUUCCCUGGAAAUAGUUCAUGUUUCAUGGGGACAGGUUUUCAGAUUGUGUUAAGCACAUUUCUCAAUGUUCCCAAAGAGAAGCAGUGAUGGAGACAAGCGGCACUUCCCUCCUCUAGGAAAAUACCUGCACCCAGAUAACCCUCACACACCCUGUGGUGCGAUUUACAGUUCUUUCCACCUCAGAACUUUAGUUCUUCUGAGAAUGCCGCAAACUCUAACUGCAUUGCGACAAGAAAGAAGUAUUGCAUAUGCUUUGUAUCCUUGGAGUUUGCUUGGUAAACCAGAGCCAAGCUUUGACAUCUGGGAGGCUGGGUCUCCUGUUGUGCCUCUGCCUUUCCUCCCAUUCCUAAGGCAGCUGAGCUGUGGCAGAGGCCUGUCCUGUCCUACACAGCCAGCUUUGAGAGAACUGGUGCAGGCACCAGGCUUCUUGUCCACUGCUUGGUGGUGUUUUUUCUUUGCUUCCUCUCGUCUGUGAUGAUGGAGUUGCUUCCUUAAGGUGAGUCUGAGGAUCUCAAGUGCUCACACCCCUGACACCUCUUUCUGAUUAUUUGCUCAUGAGCUUGAAUCUCAAUCCAUAUCCUGGGAGAGAGCUCCUUUUGAAAGGAGAGUUUGUGUGUGUGUGUGUGUGUGUGUGUGUGUGUGUGUGUGUGUGUGAGAGAGAGAGAGAGAGAGAGAGAGAGAGAGAGAGAGGGAGGGAGGGAGAGAGAGAGGAUGUUACUGAGCUUGUUUCAGAGGUAUCUCUCCUGCCCACUUCUCAGCACAUUCAUUCGGUUUGAAGAAACCAAUAUAAGGUACACUGCUUUUGACAUUUUUUCUUCAUUAUUUCUCUCCACCUGUUUUCCACAGACAAAACAUACCUCACAGAUAGUUUUCACUAAAUCACAGAUCAAGGAGGAAUUAGCCCUUCAUAUUGGAGACUGUUGGUGUAAUUCAGUGGCUAAUUUCCACUCUUGAUUGCAGCUAAGCAGUAUAGUUGCAAAGCAAGGUAAUCAGACUAGAUGCACCUGAAAUCAGCACUCUGGCCCCAUGUGCAUCUGCAUGCUGGCUCCUGGGGUAGCCGGGCUGAGGGAGACCACAUGCUGACAAAAUGUUACGACCACUUCUGAGCUGGGUAGUGGGCACCUGUCCUUACAACAUUUGGGAGACUGAAGUUUGUGAAGUAGGAGUUUAAGGCUGUCCUCAACUAUAUGAGGUCCUGGCUCCACUCAAAAAAAUUUAAAAGAGAUAAAAUAAAAAUUCACCCAGCACUAAAGAACAUAAUUAACUCUGACUAACACUUCCUGAGGUCAGAGGUCAGUGUCUCCUUGGUAGUUCAAAUGGGAGAAACUGGAAAAACAAAAACAAAAUGGCUUUCCAGUUGCCCUCUUAUCUUCAGGGAGUGCCCCAGGAUUUGUGGCAGGAAGGCUGCAGUAUCUCACUUCUGCCAGUCAGGCUGGGCACCCCGCAGCUGGCUUGGGUGAUGAAGCAUGGUCAGUGGAACCCCACCACAUGUGAAUGUGGACUCUUGACUGGGUCCCAGCUCUACCUGUAGGCCAGCUAUUUCAAUCCUGCUGGCCUCCUUUGCCUGUGAGAAGUUCAGAACUGGCACUGGCAACCAAGACCAUCUUUUUCAUUUUUAUAAGGUUCAUUCUGUUGGGAUCCUUUGACCAGAUGUUACUUGUUUCCUGUCCUAGACAGAGCCCCCUUAAAAACAACAACAGCAGCAGCAGCAGCAACAACAACAACAACAAAACAACCAUGAAUAUACUGGGUUAUGGAGAUAAACUCUAAAGCCAGGCUUCUUUCUUCCCUUCAAGUUAUCUAGCUUGGCUUUGACAACGCUGACAGGGAAAGGAAAUGAGCCAGUAAGUCUUUGCCAUUCUUGAGGUGCUGGUGUAGUUGACAUACUUUAUUUCAAUUUUGAGUCAAGAUGAUUAAGAAAGUUGCAUUGGAAUCAAUGUCUGAAGUAGAGGGCAUUUGCUUGCAAAUUGAAUAACUAGUUUAAAACUCUGAUUAAGUUUUUUAAAUGAAAUUCCUGAUUGAGGUGAUUCAGAUGUGUUUGCAAAUAAAUUUUAUAUUACUGAAAAAGAACAAUAAAGGAAUUUGCAGACUUCCUAGAA